AUUAAUGUUAAAUUGGUCAUUUUUGGACAUUAUUAAUUUUUUUAUUGACAUUACUCGUUCAAUUAAAUUUAUUUAUUUAAAUGAGCUGUCAAAUGAGUUCGGUGUUAUGUGACGUCAUUGAAGUAUACAAUGAGGCGACCUGAAGUCAUUAAUGACAUGUAUAGUAAGUAUACAACAACAAUAACCUUGCUUCUGCACGCUUGUUUUUCCCUUUCUUUUUGAUCUUGCCCGAAAUAUCAAAUAAUUUCUGGGAUGUCGGAUGUCGAAGAAAAUAAAUACGGCGAGUUGGCCAAUGAAAAAGAAGUGGUCGAGAAUAUCGAAGCAUUCUCUGGCAGUAUAACCGAGGUUCAAGACUUACUGGAGACUCUGAUAAAGGAAGACGUUUAUGACAAACUGGGCACAGAAGACAGGAUCAAGCACGAUUUGUUUCUGUCGUACGCCCUCACAUCUCUGUACUGGAUGUAUUCGAGGACCCUGGGCGAAGACCCGUUCACGAAUGUGGUCAAGAAUGAGGCCGACCGGGUCCAGGAUUACAUGAAGAAGUACCAGAGGAUCAAAGAAAGGAAGAACGCGCCCCAGCUCAACGUAGCUGCUUCGAAACGGUUCAUCAAAUCCGGACUGUGGACGCCUAAGGACAACUCUAAGCAGAGCAACAAAAGAAAAACAUUCGACAACGAUGAAUAGAAUCGACGUUCUAUUUUGUUGUAAAUUUCUUGUAUAUUCUCAUUUGUACAUUAACAUUAUUUUGGUUUUAAUACACGUGUGUUUAUUAUUUA